AUGACAUUAAAAAUUUAAUCAAGCAAGUCAAAUUCAAAGUGUAAAGCAGAAAUGAUAAAAACAGUUUUUGACGUGUGCUAUUUUUUAACAUGCUUGAAGGCUACUUUUUGAGCACCAAUCGUGUGAAGGGCUACAUGACCUGUUGGGAGCAGUUUAUUAUACAUAAAACAUUUUUAUAUUAUAUGACAUUAAAUUUUUAAUCAAGCAAGUCAAAUUCAAAAUGUAAAACAAAUAAUAGUAAUAAUAGUUUUUCACCUGUGCUAUUUUUGGAACAUGCCUCUUGGGCAACGUUAAAUGAUCCAUCCGGGCAACCCGUUGGUAACCCUUGGUCUAAGGCCUAGAGACUAGAGGUGUUUAAAUAUUUCCUGUAUUAUGAAUACAAGUAUUGAGUUUGCUAUUAAAUGUUCCGCUCCUGCGUUAUAUUCGCUUGGUCUGAGGUUCUAAAUUUGUUCGAACAAACACAUCAAAGGCACGUUUCGUGAAUGAAAUCAUUAAAUCUUGUAUUGUCAUUUGUACUUGAGUCAGAAAAGGAGGAGGCCAAAACCGCAGUUAAAAGGGGACCGUUCUAUGUCUUGUUUCAACUUUCGAGGCAAACCAGGACGACAAGUUUGCUCACACGGACGACCGGCAACGUUCCAGGAGGUGGGCAGUUGUCGUCCCGCUACGUCGGCGGAGGAGGAAGUGCAGCAGACGGCUGCACGCCGCUCUGCUAUUGCUCAGCACGGACGGACGUACAUGGCAGCAACGAUGGGCGGCGAGAACGUGACCUUAGUGUUCAAGCUGUAUUGCCUGACUGUGAUGACGCUGGUGGCGGCCGCGUACACGGUGGCUCUCCGCUACACGAGGACCACCGUCUCGCCAGAGGAGCUCUACUUCACCACCACCGCCGUCUGCAUCACCGAAGUCAUCAAACUCAUACUGAGCACCGGAAUGCUGGCGUGGGAAUGCGGCAGUGUAAAGAACCUGCUGGCCACCAUAAAGGAGCACCUUUUGAACAACCCCAGAGAGCUGCUGAAGCUGAGUGUACCAUCGUUGGUAUACGCACUCCAGAACAACAUGGCCUUCGUGGCGCUGAGCAACCUUGAUGCGGCGGUUUAUCAGGUGACAUAUCAGCUGAAGAUCCCGUGCACGGCGGUGUGCAUGGUCAUCAUGCUGGGCCGCUCGCUCAGCAAGAAGCAGUGGUUCGCAAUCAGUACGCUGUGCCUGGGGGUCAUGCUCGUGCGGUGGAAGCCCGUAGAUGCCACCAAAGUCCAAAUUGAGCAGAACCCUUUUCUCGGGUUCAUGGCCAUCGUUAUCGCUGUGCUGUGCUCCGGGUUCGCAGGCGUGUACUUUGAGAAGGUGCUAAAGAGCUCCAACACAUCGUUGUGGUUGAAGAACAUCCAGAUGUACCUGUCGGGUAUCCUGAUCACCCUGAUUGCAGUGGGGGUAAAUGACGGCGAUAAGGUCGUGAAGAAAGGCUUCUUCUUCGGGUACACACCAUGGGUGUGUUGCGUCGUAUUCCUGGCAAGCGUGGGAGGCCUGUACACGUCCGUGGUGGUGAAGUACACGGACAACAUCAUGAAGGGCUUCUCUGCCGCCGCCGCCAUUGUUCUAUCCACCGUGGCGUCCGUCAUCUUGUUUGGAUUGCACAUAACGACCACUUUCUCGUCCGGAGCCUUCCUGGUGUGCGUGUCUAUCUAUCUAUAUGGCCUUCCAAAUAAGGACACGUCCACACUCAACCAGGAAAUCGCACACACAGAGUCCCAAAAGAAAUUGAUUGUUGUGUGAGUCUGCUCCGCUGACUCACUGAAGAGGGACCUCAGGGAUCGGGUCCUUCCAUCACGUGGACUGAGGAGGAAGAGGAACUUUGCUGUUUUUCUCCCCGAUAAUAACUGAGUUGUCGUCAAUCAUUCUAUAAGAAAGGACCCAUUCAUGCGGGCUCUGAAAAAAGCGAGGCCAGCUUGCUGGAACACCCUUUUAUGUUUACAGCCGUGCCCAAAAGUUUUAAAUUUUGAGAAUGACAGAUUAAUUUUCACAAAAUCUACUGCCUUUUUUUUUUUAGAUUGAAACUUGAAUGUACUCCAGAAUAAGUCAUCCGAUGACUUGAAAUUAAUUGCAAAGUCCCUAUUUGCUAUGAGAAUGAACUUCAAGGAGAGAGGGGUUCAGUUGCUUUGAAGAAACCUUGUAGGCGUCCAAGAAAGUCCAGCAAAUGCCAGAACCGUUCCCCAAAAUUCAUUCAACUGCAGGAUUGGGUCACCACCACUGCGGGGCUUGCUCAGGAAUGGCAGCAAGCACAGUGAGGCUAAGACUUCCAGGAUGGCCUGGUGUCAAAAAUGGCAGCAAAGAAGCCACUUUUCUCUCCAAGAAAACCAUCAGGGACAGACGGAUAUUUUGCAAAACGUACAGGGAUCGGAUUCCCAAGAACUGCGGUAAAAGUCAUUUUCUCCAAUGAGUCCCCUUUCCGAUUGUUUUGGCCAUGGCAUCUGGAAAAAAAAACAGAAGAAAAGGGGAGCACGACCAAACGUUCUGUGUCAUGCCAACAGUAAAGCCUCCUGAGAUCAUUCAUGCGUGGGGUUGCUUUUCAGGCAAGGGACUGGACUCACUCACAAAUUUUCCAAAGGACAACAGCCAUGAAUAAAGAAUAGGAUGGUACCAAAGAAUCCUCUGAGAGCAACUUCUCCCAACCAAUCCAUAAACAGUUUGGUAAAGAACAAUUCCUUUGCCUGCAGGAUGAAUCACCUUGCCAAAAGGCAAAAGUGGUAGCUGCAUGGCCCAGAGAGAACAAAGACAUUUUGGGUCCAUGGCCAGGCACCUCCUUUUCACAGUUUAUGAAAUAGUAACAUCCAACAAAAAGUUCUAAAAACACUGACGCAGCAAACUUUGUGAAAACCAAUACUUGUCAUUCUCAAAACUUCAGGCCAUGACUGCAAUGACACGUCAGAAAAGGCCAGGAUUGGUCAAACUGACUGUCAAUCAAUCGACAUAUUGGGCACACCUGAAUCAAGCUACUGAUGGAUGAUAGGCUGACUUUUUUUUUUUUUUGGUCACUCAAUCGAACAAAACUGCCUCGCAAUUGACUCUUCGACGAGAUGCAUUGGGCACCCCUGGUGUAAAUGAAGCACUGCAGCACCACUUAAUUAAGGGAAGUUUAUUUUUAUUUUUUUUGUUUUUGCAUUUUCAUUGUAAUGGCUGAACAGAACUUGUCAUGCCUCUCUACCAGACGUGAUUUUUCCGUUUAUAGGCGGAAUUCCGUUUUUUUUAAAUUGCAUAGAUAAAAAAAAGUUUUUCUGCAAUAUUCCGACUGUAACCACACUCGUUCAUUUUCCAAUCUGUCUUUUGCAAGCGAGGCGGAAAAUGUGAUGCGCGUCUGUUGAUUGGUCGAAUGUGGAACAGGCAGGUAAUGGCCUCACGAUAUGUUUACAAAGACGGUACACGGAGUUUAACGCUAGCACCACCGCGCUAACAGGGCUAGUUAAAAAAAACAUACUGGUAAAAAUCAGUGAGACACGGCAGUAACUCGCUAGCGCAGCGCUAACAGUGCCGGACCGGUAAUAGUCACUCCCUCGGCACAUAUAUUCCACCAUUCUCUCUCUCUCAACUUUUCCGCUCGAGUGCCCCAUUGCGGCCGUUUGCACAAAUUAGCUGCAUCACCGCAUAAACCGUGGAGCUGAAAGCUUGCGAAAAAAGUUGCGGCUUAUAGGCCAGAAAUUACGGUAAAUCAACUGGAAGCAAGGAAAACUUUUCCAUAGCUGGUAUAUUUGGAUGUCAACCCAAGGCCAGCAAGCCUUACGGAUUUCAUCCUUUGUUUACUUCCACUACUCCUGAUAUUGAGAGGCAAGAUCCACCGAAACAACCGACCCCAGUUGCAGACAGUCGUCAAUAACGAGGGGACAGUUCAGAAGCAAUUACUUGUAAAAACGUCUGUAUUAUUACUUGCCGUUAAUAAUUCUUGACAAAUUCAUGCGUUUCAAUCAUUUACAAAAAUGAGCAAUUAAAAAGAUUUUGAAUGGAUACGAUAUACACAUUAUGAAAAGCACACUUGCACACCAUGAUGCAAAUCUGAAUUCAAUUUAGUUUCACUUCUCGUAGUUUACUUAGAUGAAUUUGUAAUUUUUGGAGGUAAAGGUAUGCAUCUAAAUAAUGAACGAUCAUGUUGUGUACAUUUUGAAAACAGGAUAGCAUUUAUUUAUAGAUAUAUUUCAUUCAUAAUACAAUUUAUAAAACUUGAACGUUAAAAUUGGUGAUCAAAUUUGGUCAUGCUUGGAGGGCCCCCCCCCUGCUAUUUUUCAGUCUUUUUUUUUUUUUUUUUUCCCCCAUUCAGUCAAAUCACAUGCAUGCUCUACUGAAGUGCAAUGUGGCACUGAUCAUUUGUUCAAAUCUUAAAGGUUGCACUGUUUAGAAACACAAUACGGCUUUUUCUAGUGGGUCAAACAUUCCAAUACCGAUAUUCUCUUUUUUUUUUUUUUUUUUGUUCUCUCCGCUUUUUCAAACCCUUGUGUAAUACAUGAAAUUGUGAAUGUAAAGAACCUUUUUAUACUUGAAAUGACAAGGACACAUUGUGUCUGAACGCUUUGAAGUGUCUGGCAGGAAUUCCAAUCUUUCUACAAUCGGCCAAAUAGAAGGCGUUCGCUUGUUUGUAGUUGCAGGUGUGUUGCUUGUUGACCAUAGACAGUUCCCCCUCAUCCCAGUUCCUCCUGGUGCCAAUCGGUAAUAACUAUGCUUUCGGUGAGCAUGAGGGCCUGAUGUCGUCUUGGGGUUCCGUUCCUUGGACGUCCUCCAUUGGUUGCUGCAACUGUUUUGGUGUGUUUGGCUUAGAGGAGGCGGAGGUUUCAUCAGUCUGUAGGGGAUGUCUGGUGCCAGGGUCCACAUGUUCGCUCUCAUUGGUUUUGUUAGGGUGAAUUUUCCCAAGAUUGUUAAAUUUUGGAAAUGUUUUUGCGUGAUCUCGCCGAUGACCAUGUCUGUCAGUAGUGCUUUCAUUUUGGUGAAGUCCACGAACACCCCCGCCAUCACCAUGGCUACACUUGAGAUGUAUGUGAGGGUUGUAGUUAGAAUUCUUCCUGACACUUUGGGUGGAAGCCUGUGAAGGACCUUUUCCAUCCAUGGUAUGCUGUGUUCCUUGUAGGGCUCUACAUUUUUGGAGAAGGACAGGUCCAGUCUGUCAAACGCAGAGCAGAGCGUUUCCGCUAGCAUGGCUCCAGUAAGCAGUGCAGGUGGUGUGUCAGUUUUGAGUUCUUCCUAUGUGUGUUUCGUGUAAAGGUCUCACAACAAUACCUUAAUAAGUGCGCUCUCGACGACUGGGGGCUCUGUGUCGAGCGUUUAGCAAAGUGCCCAAAUUCGCAUGAGCCUUGUUUUCUGUAUCCAGUUGUGAGUCAUUCACGCUGGCGUCGUUGUAGUCCCCCAGUCCCAGAAACCCCCUCUUGUGUGUCCGGCAGUAGAAUGAAAUGCUGUUCGUUCCAAGCCUGCCGCUGUAGUCGUCAUGCGGUUCCAGUGCGAGCUCCGCCUGGUAACACUUCCAACUGUCUGCGUAUCGCCCCACUCCCUGUCGGGAAUUGAAGGCAUCACCCACACGACCUACCAAACAUUAAAUAGUGGCUUGAUAGGUGUAACUUAUUCAAGACGCCCGGGCAACUGGCACACCAUCUAUUGUCCCAACUCUGACAUAUGAUUAAUGUAUUGCCUGGAUCGCUUAUGGCGGGCGUGUUGUUGCUGGUGACUAGCACGCCGCUGACCGGAUGUUUGUACGGCUGCGUGUAGUGAGUGUGGAGGGAGUUAUAAAUUCCCUUGUCUGAGAACACUUGGCGCAGAGUCUGGUCCACAUUGAUCCGCAUUGUGUUCAUGUUAGAUUGGAAGUUGACGCCCUUGUGGGUUCCUAGACAUGUUUAAAAAAAAACAAAAAAACCCACUCAGCCAAACCAAGUCCAGGAUUCUGUGCCUUGCAAACAAUGGGUGAAUCUUUGGGUUCUUGGACUUGGUGGCCAUGGCCAUGUGUAUUGACAUGCUUUUAAUUUCCUCCGGGUCUGAAAGAGUGGUAACGUCAAGCGGGGCUGGGUCACGCUUGCCAAAUUUAGUGGUGAAUGAGACCACUUUGACUUCCUAUCUCAUGUCCCUUUCCAGGAUUGCAAAUGAGGUUAGGUCGUAAAUUAAUUUCUGGAUGGUGGGAUGGCUGAGGUCAUCCUUGGGCAGGUUUUUCACCAAUCUUUUGAAGCAAGCAAACACAUCGUUUAAAGCGCUACAGGCAACCUUGUACAAUUUCUCGAGGUUGAGAUCCCUGUCCAGCGUUACUGCAUCUUUUGGAACCACCACUAGUCUAAGCACCUAGCCCCCGUCCAUGUAAGAGAUUUUGUUUUCCAAAACAGUUUGUGAAAGCUUGAAAUAAUUCUUCACUGCAUGCGUGGAGCGGCACAUGUUUUUUCAUGAAGUUCCAUUUUUUUUUUUUCCAGUGAGUGUUCUGUGACAUAUGGCAUAAGUAGCAGGUUCACUCCGGAUUGAAUGACCUGGGUUAGGGUUGUGUGUAUUUUUAAUUCUUUAUUUUCCUAACAGUACCCAGUUGGAAAUGUUAUCUCUCGUUUUCCAUUUGCAAGUCCUGUAUUUAUUUUGUUAAUCGAAGACUGAAUUUAAAUGUAGGGUUAGGUGAUGGGGAACGAGCCCUCCCUCUCCCAGAGUAUGGAAUAUAAUUCCCCCUGCGGGAUUGGGGGGGAGGUGCACGGUCCAUCCCCCUGGGCCACCCACCUUCCUCAUCUCUCCUUUGCUGUUGGCAGUACGCUUAGUCACGCUGGUCGUAACGGACCACUGUCCACUCGCCACUCAUUGUCCUUUUCGUUGAAGAAAAAUCCAGUACUUGGUUGUAGAAAAAAAAUCUAAUUUUAUUUUCGAACUCAAGCUGUAACUAUACAGUCAGUUGGUUUUAUUGAAAAACAAAUUAGCAAAAGGACAAACAAAAUCAAAACAUCAAAAAGGUGACAUCACGUCAGUGGGUGUGCCAUUGGCAACGUUUCAACCAUAUAAGGUCUUCCUCAGACCGAAGCGCACUCAAAAGACAAAAAUUAAAAUCUAAAACGUCCAAAAAUUAUUAAAAAAAAAAAAAAAUUAGUCAAUUCGUACUCACAUGUCCUGUUCCCAAAGUGGAGUUGGUGUUGUUUAGAUGAUUUUCAGUGAUUUAAAAAAAAAAAAAAAGCCCAAAGAAAAGUAAUUCACUUGUAGGCAUGUGAUCCAUUCACUUGUUAACACUUAAAGAAAAGUGAACAAAUACAUCCAAAAUCAAAUCCAGUUUUUACUCACAUGCAAAUUUAAAGUGUUCCCCACGUGGAGUUAUGUCGUUAGGGUUAGCAUUCCGAUUUUUUUGUUUUUUUUAUUGUGGACAUUGUUAGAAUUAUUGUUAAAAUAUUUAUUAUGGUCUUGGAACAAAGCCAAAGUAUCAUCUUUGUUUUGAAGAUUCCUUGUAUACAGAAAUGCAGCCAUAAAUUGUAUAAUGUUGAUUGUACCGACUCAUAUAAACAAGGAUGAUACUUUGGCUUUUUUGCAACUCCAUAAUAAAAAUAUUAACAAUCACUCUAACAGUCUUGUUGCUGCCAAACAGGUCAAGCCAGUCCAAAGAGUGACGGGCUGAUGUUGUGUUACAAAUAAGAUAAAUGCACAUAAUUUAACAGAUUUUUGUCUUUGUUUUUAAUAAGUGAACUCAUGAUUAAAUAUUUACAUUUUAUCGACUGGAAUGAUCCCAAGAAUUUUCAUCCCGUUUGCCAGAACCGAGCAGGUCCCGCUGAAAAGUCUCUUUCUUGCCUGAGCAUUCAGAAAAUCCACAGAAAAGACUGUUUUAAAAAAAAUAUAUCCUCAUUUUGUACAUUUUGAUUUCUAGAUUAAUUCAAAGUACAAUCAUUGUCAAGGUCUGUUGUCAUCACGUGACAUGAUUAAAAAAAAAUAAUAAUAAAUCUAGGAGACCUUUACCAACUUGAACAAUGCGUGACAUGAUUCCAAAUUGUUUUUGUUGCUAUGUUAUUCUUUAUUCUGAAUGAAGUUCAUUUCCCGACAGCACCGAUUGCCGGAGAAAAAUUCUUUGUUUUUUUUUUUUACACACUUGUCCAAUAAAGCUGAUUCUGAUUUGGAAUGUUCAGCUUUC